CCUCAAUGGAGACUUGGCAAGGCCCGCCCAAGGAUGCCUGCAGCAUCCAUGUAGAUGGAACAGAUUUCCGUUCAUAUAUCUCUUCGGUGAACGAUAACAGAAGUUGGGCAUGCGCUUUACCGUUACCCGGCAUCGAAUUACAACAAUGGGACGCUUCGCAGCGAGAUCUGCUGGCGCCGCUGCAUCCCCACAAUAGGAGACUUGAAGAACAUGGACUCGACUUCUCGCGGCCACGUGUUUUAUCCAUGCCUGAGUACGAAACCACUAUUCGUCACGAUGCCUGCGAACAACCUGAAAGGCUCCCCCAGAUCAUUACAGGCAUCGGAAGGCAUAGAUCUGACCCACGGCUGAGCUCGGAGACGAUCUUCGAUCACCCGGCCGGCAAAUACUACACAACAUCCUCGAAUAUCAAUGUUGACAACGUCUCCCAACUGUCGGACUUGUCCCCACGCCCGCUGAUGGAGUACGAGUCAAAUGCCAGUCGCAGUGGCACGAACGUGUAUCCCAAGCCACCGCCGACUCGUCAUCGAUACCGAUCCCGCUCAGUGGCAGAGACCAGCAAGUUGUCUCCUCCUCGAGAUCGCAAAUAUCUUUUUGUCAACAGAACAGUGAAGGACGGGAAGCUGAUUUCGAGAGGAGUUCAAGCUUCGGGCUCAUGGAAAACAAUAGACAGGCGGAAAAAGGCAGCACGUGAUGAUGAAAGGCGAGUUGCCAAGGCUACGACAGAGGCAAUCUCGAAUUUGAGAGACCACUUGGGGAAGAUGAUGGGAAUGGGAUUAUCGUUUUCGGAUUUGAUGGAAGAACUAGGCCGAGAGGCGCAGAAGACUCAGGUCUCUUCAUAACAUUAUCGUAAUAACUAAGUAAGCAAGGUCUUUGAAGCAAU